AGCGUCUUCUCCCGCUCCCUGUUCCGGUUGUGACCCAGGCUUUUAACCUCUGCUGCACAGAGCAUGGACGACGAAGACUGCGAUUCGACUUGGGAAGAAGAGGAAGAGGAGCAGGAAAAGGAGAAGGAGGAGAGGAAGACCAGGGAGGAAGCGAAGCCGAGGCUGCAGCAGCGCGGGAACCAGGCUUUCCAGCCCAGAUGGGGCUCUCUUCUUUUCAGAUUCUGCCAAUAUGUGUGGCAAUUCUGCAGCUUUUGGACUUCUUGGUUCAGUUUGUCCUUGAGUUGGGGUUAUCUCAAUCAACAGUUGCAAAUGACUUUUAAUCAACUAAAGAAUCGGAUGAUAGGAUGCCGAAACUGGAGAGCAGUACAGGACAUGCAGAGAUACAGACGUCAAUACCCAGGUUUGACAGAUGAAGAGUCCAAUGAUGAAAUGUUGAAUUUGCAGUUUUAUAAAAAUGAAAUUACCUUCUCACCCAAUGGCCAUUAUAUUGAGGACAUCCUGAAGAACUGGAGAAAGGACUAUGACAGACUAGAGGACAACCACUCUUACAUACAGUGGUUGUUCCCUUUGCGGGAGAGAGGAGUGAAUUGGCACGCGAAGCCCCUGACCCUCAGAGAAAUCGAGGAAUUUAAAAAAUCUGCAGAUGUCAUGAAAAGAUUUGUUCAAGCAUAUGAACUCAUGCUAGAUUUCUAUGGAAUUGAGCUGGAGAAUCGAGAAACGGGGAAAGUAAGAAAGGCUGACAACUAUCAGGAGAGAUUUCGGAACCUUGACUUGCACAGUCACAACAACCUCCGAAUCACUCGCAUCCUGAAGUGUCUGGGCGAGAUGGGCUAUGAACAUUACCAGGUGCCCCUGGUCCAUUUCUUCCUGGAGGAGACCCUUAUUCAUCAGUACUUGCCAAGCGUCAAGCAGAGUGCCUUGGAUUACUUUAUGUUCACAGUCCGAAACAAGAAGGAGCGCAGAAAACUUGUCUAUUAUGCCUGGAAGAACUUUAGUCCCCAAUAUAAAUUUGUCUGGGGGCCACAAGAGAAACUUCAGAAAUAUGAACAUGGGAUUCCACCUUCUCUACAGCAGGAGGACUGUCUUGAAGAAGAGGGUUCAGUUGGAUCCCAAAAUGAGGUUGGAAUAGAGAAAGACCAAAUUAGGACUCAGGUGAGGGAAGAGAUUGUUGGGGAUGGUAUGGUUUCUGAAGUCAAUCAGAUGGACAAGAAAGACCCCAUUGCCAUGCUGCAGAUGUGUGAGAUGGGACAGGGAGAAAGGUCAAAUUCAUCUGAUGAGCAGGAAGAGAAAGUUGCAACCAAGAGUGCUGGAGACCAGGAGCCAAGGCCUCAGAGUCCAAAGGAAAGUAAAAAAAGGAAAUAUGAGGUAAAAAGACUUGAGUCUAGCCAAGAAGAGGAACAAAGCCAGGGCACCUCUGAUGUAGAGAAGAUUGCCCUUAACCUGGAAGAAUGUGCCCUUAACCAGAGCAGUAUGGGCUCCUCUAGUGGAUCUGAGGAAAUGGGGAGCCUAGACCUGUCAAAGGAAAAGGGGCCAUCUAGUCCUGAGUCCAUGGACACUAAAAUGUCUGAUGAGAUAAAGAGGAGGAAGCUUGAAAAUAAUGCACAAGGAAACAAUAUAGAGACAACAGAGAAUGGGGAACAAACCACAACGUGCCUCCCAAUACCCAAUGGUAUUUCCCACAAAGCGAAGGAAACAGAAGACAAGAGCAGCAUUGGCUGGGAAGCCAAAAGCCUACAAGCACGGAUUGUAAAACAAGAUGAUAUAGCUGUAACUUCAUCUGGAAAUUCCUCGGGCAACCUCUCCAGUGUCAGCAUGUCUCCUGACCAAUCAGACCUGCAAGAAUAUGUGCACAUUGAAAAAGGAAGUGUUGAUAUAAAUCCUGAACUCAAGAGACCUUGUCCUCUAGAGUCAGCGGGUGCUGAAUGUUCAGAUAAAGAAGUCCCACAGAAGGCAGAAGAUGAAACCACAGUGGAAAGACCUCGUUCAGAGUAAAAACAAUAAGCCACCAAACCACAGAUAGGCAAGGAAGGAAUUUAGGUCCCUGACCCUAUAGGACAGGAUUCUGUAAGAUUCUGGGGUUCUCAGCACCUUUUCAUAUAUAUUUGAAACAAAUU